ACAACUAUCAGUCUGAUGGCUCUGACUGAGAACAUGCUGACAGUCAACAUGUUACUGAUUGUCUUCUUUCUUCCAGGUGCUUUGGCUAAUAACUGUGGUGGUCAAACACCAGCCCUCAACAUCACUACACGGAAAUACAUGGAAGCUCUGAUUGGAUCUUGUUUGCAAAUCCCAUGUACCUAUGAAACAGAGGAUCCUAGAUAUGACAGCAGUAAAACUAUCUAUGGAGUUUGGAUGAAAGGUGGUGUAAAUUUUGGGUCCAAUCCAAGCAUCGUUAUUUUCAACAGCAGUGGGUCAGUUAACAACAAAUAUUCACUGAAUAUGACUGGAAACCUGAAAGAGAAAAACUGCACCACUCUGUUUCCUGAUAUACAAACAAGUCAUGAAGGCAAAUAUUACUUCAGAGUUGAGAAAGGUGACUACAGGGGAACAGCUUGUGCUGAUCCUCUUCACAUAACAGUUAAAGAUUCUCCUUGGAGUCCCAGCAUUAAUGUUCCCUCUGACCUGAAGGAGCAUCAGUCUGUCACUGUAACCUGCUCAGCUUUCACUCCCUGUCCACACUCACCUCCUCAACUCACCUGGAAUCUCCAACAAGACUCUCUCAGACAAACAGAGAAAAACACAGAUGGAACCUUUACAACUAAAAUCCAGGAGAACAUCACUCUGUCAGACACACAUGAUGGAUACAACAUCAGCUGUUCUGCCAGAUAUCCUGUGAUUGGAGGAAACAAGACAGCAGAGACAGAAGUGACUCUCAGUGUUUCAUAUGCUCCUAGAAACACCUCAGCAUCCAUCAGUCCAUCAGGUUUGGUGUCAGCAGGUAGCUGGGUGGAGCUGAGCUGCUCCAGCAGAGCCAAACCUCCACCCAGAUUCACCUGGUUCUGGAACAGCGAACAUGGAGAUGUUAAUGUGUCUGUGGAGCAGCUUUACAGUUUCAAUGUUACCGAAGGAGGAGAGUUUUACUGUAUGGCUAUCAAUGAUCUGGGUAAUCAGACAUCCUAUGUGAACAUUACCAUUGAAGGUCCUCCAAAAGCAGAUUUUCCCACUGUGCCAAUCGCAGUGGGAGUAUCUGUGGCCAUCAUCAUGGGUUUAUGUCUGGUUUUAACUGUUUGGUGUUUUAAGUCCAAACAAUCAUCUCCUCAACAGACUCAGGUGACACAGAGUCAAACAGGCGUUGAGCCUGAUAUUCAGAUAUCAGAUGGCAAAGAAACAAAAGGAGAAGUUCAUUAUGGAGAAGUGAACAUCAUAAAGAAGACUCCUGAAGCUUCCUCGUUGCCAGUGCCGGACAGCGACCAGGCGUCGGUGUACGCUCAGGUCAAAGUGCCAACGGCAGAGAAAUCCACAACGCAGACGGCUGAGAGUCCAGAGAAUCUCUACGCUCAAGUGAAAAAGAAAUAAUGUUUGUUUUGUAAGAUAAAAUCAGGACUUUUUUGUGCAAUAAGUAAGUUCUUGU